CAUGUCUUUCUUCAACGGAGCAUCUUAUAACCUCUUCGGAGGAGGUGGACGGCGAACGUCCUAUUCUCCACCGAAUUGGUUAGCUAGACGCAUGCCGUUACUUCGGCAUGCAGAUAAGGUUGAGAAGAGGAGGCCUCAUAGUUAUCACGAUAAACCGGAUGAAGUUCAAUUAAACUACUAUGCCGGAUAUUCAAAGCCGGUUUGUCAGACGAAAAUUGAUCCAGAGACUAUUUUCGAUAAACACGAUCGUAUUGGUAAAGGUUCCUUUGGUGAAGUGUUCAAAGGCAUUGAUAGACGAACCCACGAAGUCGUCGCCAUUAAAAUAAUAGAUUUAGAAGAGGCCGAAGAUGAAAUUGAAGAUAUUCAACAAGAAAUAAUGGUUCUUUCUCAAUGCGAUUCAAAUUACGUAACGAAAUACCACGGCAGCUACCUAAAGGGUACAAAGUUAUGGAUUAUAAUGGAAUAUUUGGGCGGUGGAUCCGCCUUAGAUUUAAUGAAAGCGGGAACUUUUGAAGAAAUGUAUAUAGCCAUUAUCCUACGGGAAAUACUUAAGGGCCUAGAUUAUUUACAUUCCGAGGGAAAAUUACAUCGAGACAUUAAAGCUGCUAAUGUUCUAUUGUCAGAACAAGGCGAUGUUAAGCUUGCAGAUUUCGGUGUUGCCGGCCAACUUACAGCCACAACGUCAAAAAGAAAUACAUUCGUUGGUACUCCUUUUUGGAUGGCGCCAGAAGUUAUCAAACAAUCGAAUUAUGACGUUAAAGCAGAUAUAUGGAGCUUAGGAAUUACAGCUAUGGAAUUAGCAAAAGGAGAACCUCCAUAUGCAGAUUUACAUCCGAUGAAAGCUUUAUUUUUAAUACCUAAGAAUCCAGCGCCAACUCUAUCUGGAAAUUACUCUAAAGCCUUUAAAGAAUUCGUUGAUGCUUGCUUAAAUAAAGAUCCCGAGAAUAGGCCGACAGCGAAGGAACUAUUAAAGUAUCGCUAUAUAACUAGAGCGCGAAAAACGUCCUACCUUAUAGAAUUGAUUGAUAAACAUCAGAAGUGGGUUAGCGGGGGUCAUCAGCAAGAGUCGAGCGACAGUGAUAGUGAAAUUUCUGAUGAGAAUGGCGAAGGUGCAACAGGAGAUUGGGAUUUUGAGACGGUCACUACUAAAAAAUUGGAGAAAAAAUAUGGAAAUACAAAUUUAGAAAAUGAAAAUUCUAAGGAAAAUAGUAAUUCGACCGUGCCUUCCAAUACUCAACUAGAAAAUCAUUCCCCAAAGGAAACAACUGAAAUAUCAAUCGUUAAGGCUAAGGAUGUGUCUAAGGAUAGUGAAAAUGAAGUGAAGGAACAGUUGAAUAAUGAUAAUUUAAUUGAUGAUAAAGAGAAUAAUCCUAGUUUUGAGAAUUUACCUGAAAAGCCGAUUUUGGAUGACAUGGAUAUACCAUCUACUGCAUCAACAUCAGAUUUAAAUCUUGCCGAUUUUCGUGUAAGACCUAGCAUUGAUAAUGAUGAUCUUUCGGAUUUUCCCGAUCCAACGUUUACUGACAUGGAAGAUAGUCGCCCUCCAGAACCCACACCGAGAGAGCCCGUAUCGGGAAGUCUGCAUUCUACAUUUAUUCCCAUUAUCAAUGAGCUACAAGGAAAAGUAGCUAGAAACAAUAGUAAUAUACUAAGAUUGUUUGAAAACCUGCGGAACGCCCUCCAAAAGGCUGAAGACACAUCACCUGGAAUAGUCGACGAAAUGGUCAGAAGUCUCGUUACAGUUUUGGCAGGAAAAGGAGUGUCUCAACCAGUUUAUUACAUUGUCCGCUCUCUAUGCGAACAAAGGAGAUAG